AUGACACAUUUCACCAUCCGCAUCUCCCUCAUCAAACUAUCAAACAUUGUUCCUUUCAUGCAGAUAAAGACAUUGAAGAAUAAAAUAGUUUUAACUACCAGAAACCCCAAGGACGUGGCCGUGUCACACUACAACCACCACGUCAGGAUGAAGAACGUCUACAGUGGAUACGAUGGUCAGUUCAAGGACUGGAUACCCCUGUGGAUUAAAGGAAAAAUUGAAUAUGGAAGUUUCGUUGAGUAUCACCAAAAAUGGGAUCAAGUUAUUCAGCAGUUCCCAAACCAACCCAUACUGAUCAUGUGCUACGAGGAUAUGAGAAAGGACCUAGAGGGCGCUGUACGUCGUCUGGCCACAUUCCUGGAAGUUAAUUUAACGGAGGAACAAAUCCAGGACAUUACAAGAGCGGCUGAGUUUGACUUCAUGAAGGCCAAGUUCAAGGGCACUCCGUGUGAAGUGCUCAUCAGAAAAGGUUGUCUCGCUGUAAAGAGACACGCCGGUUUUAUAGACACUGCUGGCGUCAAGGACGGUGCCGGAAACGUCUUGCCCCUAACACGCAUGCCCAACGGGAGGCUGUUCCCGCCUUUUGGUGAGGAGUACAUCAACAACAUCGGGACAACCAAGCUUCGAGCAGACGAUAUACUUGUGUGUGGCUACCCUAAAACUGGCUGUCACUGGACAUGGGAGAUAAUGGUGAUGAUAUUAAAUGGCAAGGCCGAGUACUCUGAUAUUGGGAAACUUGUCACGAUGUUGGAAUUAGCUAACCCGGAACUUAUCGAAUCCACACCCUCGCCUCGUAUUCUCAACACGCAUGCGUGGUUUGAGGAGUUGCCGAGUGAGCUAAGGACGUUGAAGAAUAAAAUAGUUUUAACGACCAGAAACCCCAAAGAUGUGGCUGUGUCCCUGUACAAUCACCACAUCAACCUGACCGACAUGUUCAGUGGGUACAACAGCCAGUUCAAGGACUGGAUGCCGCUCUGGUUAAAUGGAACAGUUGAAUACGGAAGUUUUGUCGAGUUUCACCAAAAAUGGGACCAAACUAUUCUGGAAUUCCCAGAUCACCCCAUACUGAUCAUGAGCUAUGAGAAGAUGAAACGGGACCUAGAGGGCGCUGUACGUCGUCUGGCCACAUUCCUGGAGGUUGAUUUAACGGAGCAACUAAUUCAGGACAUUGCAAAGGCCACUGAGUUUGACGUCAUGAAGGCCAAGUACAAGGGCAGACCGUCUGAAGUGCUCAUCAGAAAAGGUGUAGUAGGUGACUGGAAAAACUGGUUUACUGACGUCAUGAGUGAAGAGGUGGACAAGUGGAAACCUGAGCUGGACAAGACAAGGUUCACGUUCACAUACACGUAG